CUCGUAGCAUGUGUUUGCAAAAGAAUAUGGCAGAAUCUCAGGCAGACAUGGCAGAAGAACUACUUGAAUCUGACUCUGGUAGUAUCGAUCACUGAUACAGAUAAUCCUGCAUCUGAGAAGGUUUUUGUUAUGUCCACUUGCAAUUAAUUUUUAUUUUUGCUUAAACAAUAUCUGUUAGCCAUACAGGGUGGUUUAUUGUGAAAUUGGGGAAUUAUGAUGGAGAAAACUUAAGUUCUAGCGUGGAAGAUACCUGCCUGAGUUGGCGUUAAGAGCUUGGUGAGGUCUUUUGGUCUUUCAAUUUUCUUUUAGUUCACUAUAGCUUUUUAUGCCUUUUUUGGAGCUGGUGAAGCCACAGAAAAUUAAAAAAGGCUAAAGAAAAUUGAAAGACCAAUAUAGCUAAUUGUGUCCUUGCAGUUCUUGUUCACGUACUUAAAUUUUGUUUCUAUCAUUCUUUUGUCAGUCUUACUCUACUAUAAAGGUUGCUUCAGUAGUUGGAGCCAGUCCUUCAACACUUCUAUCCUGUCCUAUCUCUUAUUUUACUAAUCCUUACUUUUUGUCCUGUGUGUUAAAGUCAUAAUAAUAAUAAUAAUAAUAAUAAUAAUAAUAAUAAUAAUAAUAAUAAUAAUAAUAAUAAUAAUAAUAAUAAUAAACCCAUUAUAUACCACAAUGGCGAGUAUUGACUCCACGGAAGAAUCUGGCCCAGCUAAAGGCAGGCCAAAAGUGCAUAUUGAUAGAGAGAGGGUGGAACACUUAAGGUCCUUAAAGUUUAUGUGGGAAGAUAUUGGAAACCUACUUGGCGUUUCUUCUAAAACCAUUCAGAGAAGGUCAAAAGAGUGGGAAAAGAAGUCAUUUACUGAGAUAUCUGAUGCAGAUUUAGAUGCUUUAAUAUCAGAGGUACUACAGCAAUUUCCACACUAUGGAGAGGCAAUGAUCAGGGGCCAUUUACAUUCGCAGAAGGUACUUAUACAAAGAGCUCGCAUGAGAGAAGCAAUAUAUAGAGUCCGAGGAAGGCAUACCAUUGCUCACCCGAUUCACCAUCGAACAUACAGUGUUUCAGGUCCUAAUGCCUUGUGGCACCUAGACGGUAAUCACAAGCUGAUUAAAUGGCGAUUAGUUGUCCAUGGCUGCGUAGAUGGCUUUACCCGCUUGAUUACUUUUUUAAAGUGCUCAAACAACAAUAGAUCUGACACUGUUCUUGAGUGUUUUAUUAAUGCAUCAGCUGAAUACGGUCUUCCAUCAAGGGUUCGUACUGACUAUGGUGGUGAAAAUGUUCGAGUUUGACAGCAUAUGGAGGAAAUUAGAGGGCAAGGCAGAGGUUCAUUCAUUGCUGGAUCAAGUGUACAUAAUAGCUGGAUUGAAAGGUUGUGGAGGGAUGUUCACUCAUCAGUUCUCUCUACAUAUAAAGCAGAUUUUCAUGACUUAGAAGAAAGAGGUAUACUUGACUGUGAAAAUGAAGCAGACAUUUUUGCAUUGCAUUACGUAUUUAUACCUAGAAUUAAUAAGUCAAUGAAAUUAUUUCAAGAAGCUUGGAACUCGCACCCUUUAUCAACCGAAAAUAACAAGUCUCCACUUCAGUUAUAUCAUAGCUAUUCCCAAGGUAGUUCUUUAUUCGAUGAAACAGUUGACCCUUCAGUUUAUGGUCGUGAAGAAGAGGAAAAUGAAGAGAUUAAUGACGGUGAGGAUAAUCAGGAUAUGGAUACUGUUGUUGUUCCUACAAAUCUGGUACAACUUAGUGAAAAUAGUUUGAGCCUACUGCAAUCUAACAUCAACCCUU